UACGCCGCGCCCCUUGCGAUGAGCGUUGCACCAUACGAGUGAGAUCGCGGUAUCUCCGACAGGGUGAUUGCUCUCUUCUUCUCCACACUGCCACUUUUCCUCCCUUUUUCGUGGUAGUGCAAAUAAAGCGACGCGAUUGUUGAUGCGUCAAAAAGCUAAGGAAAGCUCCUAGUCUCGUAAGGGUACAGGUAGCGCGUUAGAGGUCCACGUGUUUCCCCAUCGGAAAAUUAACAGCCAACUUUGCCCACAUUCGCAUUAAUUUUCUUCCUUCCGAUUUCUUAAUUAAAAAAAAGGCACACUGCCAAAUAAUUUGAUAUCAUAAAAAUAAACUGUUUAUAAAAAUAUUAGAGUAAGAAAGGCGUGAGGAAAUUGCAAGGUAGUGUCACGCGGAAAUUAAGUGUGUUAAAGCGAAGACAACAUGCGACGAAUACAUUGAUUGAAAUUAUGCACUUUCCGGUUUUGUGUAUAACGAACAAUGUAGUUUCUAAUUAACAUUGGUGAUUGCUUAUUCUCGUGCAAAUUUCACUCGAGAGACUUUCACCAAGAUAAAGUAUCGUUUAAAUCAAAAUAACUCAAUCGUAAAGCUGUGCGAAUCGUCGUCUUCCGGAAAGAACUUAAACUCCGGCUGUUUGAAUUUCAAGUUUAAUUUAUAUUACCACGAAGCAGACAAAUGCUUGCAACGAUGUAGAUGUAGUGGCAAAAUUUUAACAGAUAAGACUUUAAAGAAGGAAGCAUGAACAUGAUUGAGUGAUGCAAUGCGUGAAUUCGUUUGAAAAGUUUCCGAAUAAGAAGAUAUGAAGUAACCGAAACUUUUAAAAUCUUUGCCAGACGGAAUUGGAUUGGAUGAAGCGAAGUCGAGGAAUGAUGUAAUUUUGAGGCCAAUUCAUCUAAGUUUAAUGGAAUGAAGUAUUACAUCUCGCCACGUACCGUGAAGGGACAUCCUAGAAAGUUCCACAGUGUCCAGUAUGCAACCGACGAAGUUACAAUGCAAUUACAACUCCGCUGCUGUGCAUCAUAUCUAUGAUGGCGAUGUCGAGGCCGUGGUACACAGGCCGCAGCAGCGGGAAUAGAUAAGGCAACGAGAGGCCGCGCGCCAAGCCAGUCAUGUGCAGUGUCAUGUGGCUUCUCCGGCUCCUGACGAUCUACCGCUUGGCACACCUCUCGGCAUCCGGUACGCAGACAGAACUGCCUCUGGCGACGGACUCGAUUUCGACGAAAUCGACGACGGCGGCAAAGCGAUCUGUGCCGACGGAUGCACCAAUGCUGAACUACAUCUUUGAUACGCAUAGCACUUUGAACAAGCAUCAGCAUCAUCACGAUCACAAAUGGGGCCCUCACUUCGAAGGCGAGAGCUCCAACAUUACUGUACAAGCGGGUGCUAGUGUUACGCUCGAUUGCAGAAUAUCGUUGCUGCAGGACAAAACCGUAUCCUGGCUGCGGCGACAGGAGAGUAGUGAGAAGAUGAGAUUGCUGACGGUGGGUCAGCAGACAUAUACGGGCGAUUCGAGAUAUACCAUCGAAUUUCAGUACCCGGACAACUGGCGUCUGCGUAUCAAGCGUGUUAACAGCAGCGACGAGGGCCAAUACGAGUGUCAAAUCAGCACCCAUCCACCAAAGUUCAUUUAUGUCAACCUACACAUUAACGCGCCGUCCGUCCAAAUAGUGGACGCCCUAGGCGAACCACUGCGGGAUAAAUACUAUGAAGCUGAUAGCACCAUCGAAUUAUUGUGCGUCGUACGUCAUAUAGCGAUGCAGGUGCAGUACAGCGUCGUCCAGUGGCUCCACGGCAAUAGAGUGUUAAACUACGAUACGACGAGAGGCGGUAUCAGCGUAAAAACGGACUUGAUGGAAGAGGGGGCCAAUUCGACUCUCAGCAUAGCUAAAGUCGGACCUUCGGAUAGCGGAAAUUACACCUGCCAGCUUACCACCAUGCCGGACCAACCCGCCACAAUUCACGUUCACGUUUUGAACGGAGAAAGUUUAGCCGAGUUACAUCAUAGCGGUGCACGGCUCGUUCGAGCGGAUGCCACUAGCUCGUCACUAUUCUUCCUGGCUGCUGUUCUAGCCCGAUCAGGUCAGGUGCUCAGAUGAAGGCUUGAACAGCUUCCUUGGGUAUCACGAAAACUGCCCGGAUUGGUGAGAGAGCACUUCGUGACGAUGACAAAGGGACAGUGCUCCUCAACGAUGAACGAAACGUUAUCACCUAUGCACCGCACGAACUUUUCUAUUAUCGUGACGAGAGUGUGAACAUGAGGGCCAAAGUGGGAGUGUGUUACGUUACUAUAUUACGUUGACAUAAAAGACGUAGGCGAAGAGACAGAGGCGGUUGGCUGCGUUAUUUUGAAACGUUAUUCUAAACGCGAUAUGGAUCGUUCGACAUUUGCGAGAUUCAUGUCAGAGCGUUUCUGUAUCGCAAAAUAAUACCUUCGUCAAUUCUCAGCACAAUUUUAUUCAAGCGUUUAUACAUGGGAUUACAAUUUUCGACGCAGGAUAGACGCCUCAGUGAACGGCCAGUUUUAAUCUCUUUAGCUAAUUAAUUCGUCCGAGAACAAUAUUCAUCAAUGUACUCAUUUAUAAGAAUAUUAUGGAUUUAAUUGUUAUUUGUUAAAAUGUGAUAAGUCGUUUACUAAUGUGCCUGUCUCAUUUUUAGCUCGGCUCGAUCAAAUUUCACUUCGUGAAAUUCCAUUAGGCUUGAAUAUUUCUGUGCGACACCGAACAAGACGCGCUCGUACCGACUAAAUUACCGCAAGCAUAGCAUGCUGCUUACCAGAUGCGAAGCAAAUUAUUCGGUCAUUGUGAAACGAUACGGCGACGCUAUUAACAUCGAUCGUGCUGUUUGGUGUGCAUUUGAUUAUUCGAUAUUAGCACAUUGGUAAGUUAUCAUAGCGCAAUCGCUCUCGCAGCUAGAAAUGACCAAAGCUAUAAUAAAAUCAUAAAUCUGCGUAUAAUCGAAUAACCAAUAACCGGUAAACAAUAAAGGCUCGGAGCACAAACUGCUAACCGAGUCAUUGGAGUGACUGCCAUCGCGUAUCACUAUGGCUGUGAUAAUCGAGACAAAUUGCGCUGUUCAAUUCGGCCUCCAUCCAUCACUAUUCAUACCAUUAUAUUACGAAAUUCUCGGCAUCCAGCGGAGCAUUUUUUUUUUUUUUUUUUUUUUAGCGUAGAACGAGUGUGAAGAUUCACACGGGACUCGCAAAUUUUUCAAUUAACGGGAUCACGAGCUUUCAUCGUUUUAUCGAAUAUUAUUUUAUUAUUGAUAAUUAAAAAACAUUUCAUCGACAACAUUGGUUAUCGGUCUAUCGGAGACUGUUGCCUAUUGAUAGGGUUUGUUGAAUAUUUCGAGAUUAUUUUGAUUAUUAUAAUGAAUUAUCAUUGUUAAUUAUAAUAAUAAUAUGAUAUGAA